UCUGACGUUACCUAGAUGCCAUCCCUGACCUCGUAUGUGGGGAUUCGAUCACUAUCCAUCAUGCUGUCAGACAGAGCGGAAAACGGGGAGGCGUAUCAGAGGAGGAAGGGCACCGGAGCCAGCCAGUCAGAAGUCCCAGCUGCCUCUCAGCCGUCUGGAGACAGCGGGUCGGCCCCAGGAGCCAGCAGUUGGAGGCGAAUUAUGCUGCUCAUCCUAGCGGUAACGAUACAUAACAUUCCAGAGGGUCUAGCUGUUGGCGUUGGGUUUGGAGCUGUGGGGAAAUCAGCAUCAGCAACCUUUGAAAGUGCCAGGAACUUAGCAAUUGGGAUUGGAAUUCAGAAUUUCCCAGAAGGGCUUGCCGUCAGCCUUCCUUUGCGAGGCGCCGGAUUUUCAACAUGGAGAGCGUUUUGGUACGGACAGCUCAGCGGCAUGGUGGAGCCUUUAGCUGGUGUCUUCGGUGCCUUUGCCAUUGUGCUGGCAGAACCUAUCCUCCCCUAUGCCUUGGGCUUUGCUGCUGGGGCUAUGGUCUAUGUGGUCAUGGAUGACAUCAUCCCAGAAGCACAAACCUGUGGCAAUGGGAAGCUGGCUUCCUGGACCUCCAUCUUAGGGUUUGUGGUGAUGAUGUCCUUGGAUGUCGGACUUGGAUAAUGGUGGCUUACUGUUGGCCAAUGGAAGAUGACAUCUGCGCAACUUGGCAGCAGUUGGAACUGGAACGCUUAUUUCCUUCUAGAUCUUUUAUAUGUCUAUUGAUUAGGUUGGGUGUUCAUUAUCUAGGAGUUUGUAUAUAUUUUUUUUCUGUAACACCUUGAUUAUUUUCAAAGCAGAAAGAUUGGUGGCUCCUUGCAGGUCCUGGGUUUCUUUUGCCACCAGAUUCUUUUCGACUGGGCUACCGAUAAGAGGCAUAUCAGUCAGGAUGCAGUUGAUUGUUUACUUUUUCUCCCAGUUUUUUGGGCGUUUCUGUAACAGUCGAAGCUCUUGUUUUUUG